AAAAUGUGGUUAAAAAUGUCAAAUAUAUUUCAGACUUGGCAAGAACCAGAGGAGCAGCUUCUACUUAGUGUUCCCACAGACUCUCCAAAAAUAAUAAUUCCUGACUACAACAAAAUAGACCUGGCCAAGCUAAAAAACGAUAUCACUGGUUCAUUUUCAUAUUUCAAGAGAGAGGAAGAUAAAAAGUGGUGGACUGAUUUUUUCACAGAUCUUUCUAGUAAUAAUGAAUCUCCUGAAGAAGCAGUGUGGCCAUUAAGUGAUUUAAUUGAGAAAGCCAAGGAAAGAGAUAUGAAAGAAACUUCUGACACAAGACAAUUAAGUGACUCAGAGUUGAGUGAUGUGUCAGAUGAAGAUGAACCAAUUCCUCAGCUUGUUGUUGGAAAGAAGAAAUCUGGUAGCCAAGGGGAUAACAGUACAAUUGUUGUAAGUGUUGGGGAGAUGGUUCUUCUAAACUUAGCAGAAUAUGAAAAGGAGUGGCCUCAAGUUGCCCAAGUGAUCAAUUCUGAUGAGGAGACCUGCAUGAUCCAUUGGUUCAGAGGAUCCCAAACCAAACCAUGGAAGCCAUGUAGUAGAGCGAUACCAGGGAAAAAAGGAAAACGUGAAGCCUGGACACAGACAAUCAAUAUAACAGAAAUCAUAAGGAACAGUUUUUGUUUAACAAAGGGGGGUUUCUUACCUAAAAAUGUAAAAGAGUUUUGUAAAAGUCAUGAACUUCAAGCCAAGAUUUAAGAAUUAUCAAUGCUUAAUAUUAUAAUUUAAUAUGCAUAUUUAUUGGAAAAACAGUUAUUUUAAAUUUUGGAGGUUUAUCAAUAUUAUCAAAAAAUAAAUACUUGCAAAUAACAUGAACAUUAACUUUAGAAACCACAUACCUUAUAAAAUAAUUUUAGAGUAAGCUUAUAUAUUAUGUGUCCUGCAUUUUACCUUCCCAAUUGUUUAGGGAGUUCUUGUCUGUUGAAGAUCCAUUGGUGGCCUUAAGUUGUUUAUACCUUUCGGUUGGUUAGCUGUCCCCAAUUUCCAUUCCUAUUUGAUUAUUCUUGAAUUAAAAAAUUUUGUAGCACAGAACUUUAAAUUAACUCUUAUCAUAUUUAUUUCAAUAAUUUUCUUACCAUGUUUUGAAAACAAUCUUUUCUAUAUCAGUCAAUGUGGGGAGACAAAUUGUUUUUGUCAGGUUCAUCUGCUUAUUUUCCAACUGAUUAUCUCCUAUAUUGAUAUGGAAAAAUCUAUGAAUUUUAUACUGUUACAAUGCAAAUAUGUAGGCAAUACUGACCCAUUCAUUUUUGGAGUUUCCCACUUCAUAUUUAUAUAACGUUUUUUGUCAGAUAUCAUUUUCAACAUGGAAAAACAUCAAAACUUCCUGCUUUUUUAUUUUAAUUUGCAUUUGUCAUUCUGAUUUACAAGAGUAUGAGUGCAAUCAAUUUUUUAAUAAGAAUUAAUUGCUAACACGUUUUGAUGAUGCCAAAAAAACAGGUCUUUUGUAUGAUGAUAUCAAGUUGGUAGGCAUGAAAAAUCAAAAAUCUGACAGUAUGAAGUACAAAAUGCAUUUAAUAUUAAAUUUCUGUAAGGGAUUUCAUCUAGGUGAUUUUUUUUAUAAUUUGAAAAAAUAAAUUUGUCCAUUACUUCACUAGUGUUAAAAAAUACUAAAAUGAAUUUUCCUAUGCCCAAACAAGGAUGUUACUGGUAGAGGGGCAAUAUAUUUUUGGACUGUGUGUAAGUCUGUCUUUUCCCUUUCAUGGUUACACUUUUGGGCAAGGUAGUUUUAGAGAAAGUUGAAUUUCAAUCAACUGCAAAAUGAGUACACAAUUUGAUCUUGAUAAGUAUUUCUAAUCUUUAUAAUCCCAGGAGAAAACGAUAAUGAGAGUGGGGUAUCUGUGUACUAUGAACAGAAUAUUGUUAUUAUGCUAAAUGUUAAUGAAUGUAUUGUUUAAUCCUGAAAUAUAUGUGGGUAACUAUUUUUGGCAUAAAUGAAUUGACUGCUGGAAUAAUGUUCAUAUAUUUAAAUGAAAGCAAUAUUAUGUAAAUGUAUAUUAUGUUAAGAACAGUGUUAAGGGGAGAAAAGUUUAGGUAUUUUUUAUUAGAUUAAAAUUGUUACCCUUGUCAAUUUUGAUAUAACUUGUAAACAAAAUGUGCUUCAUGUUUAUGCACAAUAUUAAGCCUGUGUAUUAUUGUCAUCAUUUUCAUAUAACUAUUGAGAGAAAAAAAUAUGUUAUCAAACUACAACUGCAUAUGGUUUAUUUGUUGGCUAUUAUCAUGUUCCAAGAAAAACUUCACAUAACAUGUAAGAGAAUGUCAACAAUAAAGAUUUGAAUACAUCA